AUGUAUAUGCAUUUUUUAAAAUUUUAUUCUAAACGUGUUUAUGCACUUAAAGAUGAACUUCAUCGUCUUCAAUCAAUGACACAUUUAAAAAAAGAUGAAAAGAGUUUUUAUGAAAAGAAAAACAAAAUGUUUUAUUCAAAUCUUGUUGGUCAAACUGUUCAAGUAUUAACAACAAAAACUCGUUCGAAAAAAUCAAUGUUUGCUGGGUCAAAUGGUCAUCGAUAUCAAUAUUUAUUAAAAGAUCUUGAAGAUCUUCAUUUAGAUGAACGUAUCAUACAAUUAUUAUCCAUCGGAAAUAUUAUGUUUACUAAGUCAUAUGAACCAAUAAAUUAUACUUUUAUACGACUUGCAUCAAGAAAUGGUUGA